AUGACGAUGGAGGACAGUAGCAGCCGCAAUAGUGGCCGAGAGAGACUUGGACUGAGCUUCACCAUCGACUACCUCUUGUUCAAUAAAGGAGUGAAAGGUUCCAGAGAAGAAGCGUCAGGAAGUCGUACGGUUGAAGAGAUGGCAAGUAACAUGCUAAACAAUCAGAGCCCGAUACCCAAUGAGGUGGAGAUUCACUCAGAGACAUCGGAGAAGCGGCUACAGAGGUUGGGAGCAGAGAUGGAAGAAAGAAAAGUCCAAGAACAGGAGGGGGCUGACAAGCAACAAAAGGAGGGGGAGGAGGAGGUGACCACCACCACAUUAACCAGUCCAGAGAAGUCUGCAGACAAACCCAACCAGUCGUACAUCGCGCUCAUCUCCAAGGCGAUCCUGGCAUCAGAGCAGAAGAAACUACUGCUGUGUGACAUCUACCAAUGGAUCAUGGACCACUACCCGUACUUCAAGAGUAAGGAUAAAAACUGGAGGAACAGUGUGCGCCACAACUUGUCCCUGAACGACUGCUUCAUCAAAGCUGGCCGCAGUGACAAUGGUAAAGGCCACUUUUGGGCGAUUCAUCCAUCAAACUACCAGGACUUUUCUAAUGGAGACUACCACUGCCGGAGGGCACGGCGGAGAGUACGCAGGGUGGCAGGACAGCUCGCCCUUCCUUCGCUUCCCUCCCCCUACCACCCUGCCUUCGCCAGACCUCACAGGACGGCCUGUUGGUGCUGCCCUCAAGCCCAGUCGCUCCCUCUGUCCUGCUUGGCACCAAGACUUUACUGGCCAUGGUCCAGUGUGCAGCCUCAGAUGGGGCUCCACCCUGGCCUGAGGGCCUCUGUACCCUGA